CUAGAUAUUCUCAUGAUGGAUCUCCAGACCAACCAAACUCUAAGCCCGACCGAAUCAAAGCCGGCGGAGGCGGCCAGAGGUGGUUUCUUGACUACAAUAGUCGGGAAAGCAAAAAACAAUCUAACAUUCCGGUCAAAAUGGGGUGAACUGAACGGAGCAAUGGGUGACUUAGGCACCUACAUUCCGAUCAUACUGGCUCUAACGCUAGCCAAGGACUUGAACCUCGGCACCACACUCAUAUUCACUGGAAUCUACAACAUCAUAACCGGAGCCAUCUAUGGUGUACCCAUGCCGGUUCAACCCAUGAAGUCCAUAGCCGCAGUGGGUAUUUCCGAUGCUAACUUUGGUAUCCCUGAAGUCAUGGCGGCCGGAAUCUGCACCGGAGGAAUUCUGUUCGUUUUGGGUGUGACAGGGUUGAUGCAAUUGGCUUAUAAACUCAUACCCAUUUCGGUUGUUAGGGGGAUUCAAUUGGCGCAAGGAUUAUCUUUUUCCAUGACAGCCGUGAAGUAUAUUAGGUAUGAGCAGAACCUUUCAAAGUCGAAAUCACUUGGGCAAAGGCAUUGGUUAGGCCUUGAUGGACUUGUCUUGGCACUAAUCUGUGCUGGUUUCAUCCUCUUAGUUAAUGGAGCUGGAGAUGAAAAUGGUGAUGAUGUGAAUCAGAACUGUGAAUUGGGUAAUGAAAGGAGGAGGAGGGUUCGAUUUAGGAAGAUAAUUUCUUCAAUUCCCUCUGCUUUUAUAAUCUUUAUAUUGGGUUUAAUCUUAGCCAUAAUAAGAGAGCCUAAGAUUUUAAAAGGGAUAAAAAUUGGUCCAUCAUCUAUAGAGAUCAUUAAAAUAUCCAAACAUGAAUGGAAAGAAGGGUUCAUAAAGGGGACCAUACCUCAACUCCCAUUGUCCAUAUUAAACUCGGUGAUCGCUGUUUGCAAUCUAUCGUCUGAUCUCUUCCCGGGUAAGGAAUUCUCCGCGACUUCAUUGUCGAUUUCAGUUGGGCUUAUGAACUUGGUGGGUUGUUGGUUUGGGGCCAUGCCUUGCUGCCACGGAGCGGGUGGGCUCGCGGGUCAAUACAAGUUUGGCGGAAGGAGUGGCGGUUGUGUGGCCCUACUUGGGGCUGCAAAACUUAUAUUGGGUCUAGUAUUGGGUAGUUCGUUGGUUAAGAUUUUGUCUCAAUUUCCGGUUGGAUUGUUGGGGAUACUUUUACUAUUUGCUGGGAUUGAAUUGGCCAUGUGCUCGAGAGAUAUGAACACGAAGGAACAGUCGUUUGUGAUGCUCAUGUGCACUGCAGUGUCUCUUGUGGGCUCGAGUGCGGCUAUGGGGUUUGUUUGUGGAAUGUUGGUCCAUUUACUUCUCAAACUCCGUGAAUUGGGCCGAGGUAGUAGGGAUGUCCCUAGCCAAUGCUAACAAAUGAAGACUGCU